AUUGACGGAAUGUAUUGUUUGCGUGUGUGAGUUACGUCUCGGACUCUCCGCCAUUGAAUUUCUUUAAGGCCGAGAGCAGAAAUAGGUUGUGUACCUUAAUAAUCGGCAAAUAUCUCAACAAUCACUUAACUAUUUCUUAUUCUAUUUAGUCAAAUCCCGUGAUCAAACAUUAUAUCCGAUGGCAGACAGAGACACAGAUGAGUUAAACAUCGAUAACGUAAUAAAAAAAUUAUUGAAAGUACGGGGCGAAAAGCCUGGUAUGAAUGUACAAUUAACGGAAAUCGAGAUAAAAGGGCUAUGCUUAAAAUCACGCGAAAUAUUUUUAUCACAACCAAUAUUACUUGAACUUGAAGCACCUCUGAAGAUAUGUGGCGACAUUCACGGUCAGUAUUAUGACCUUCUGAGGCUGUUUGAAUAUGGGGGUUUCCCUCCGGAAUCUAAUUAUUUGUUCCUUGGAGACUAUGUGGACAGAGGCAAGCAAUCGUUGGAGACCAUUUGUCUCCUGCUAGCCUACAAGAUUAAGUAUCCGGAGAAUUUCUUCCUCUUGAGAGGCAAUCAUGAAUGCGCAAGCAUCAAUCGAAUUUAUGGAUUCUACGACGAGUGCAAGCGGAGGUAUAAUAUCAAGUUAUGGAAAACAUUCACAGACUGUUUCAACUGUCUUCCUGUUGCCGCUAUAGUUGAUGAGAAGAUCUUUUGCUGUCACGGAGGUCUGUCACCUGACCUCCAGGCUAUGGAGCAGAUCAGGCGGAUCAUGCGCCCAACUGAUGUACCCGACCAGGGGCUGCUCUGCGACCUCCUGUGGUCGGACCCCGACAAGGACACCGCCGGCUGGGGUGAGAACGACCGUGGAGUGAGCUUCACGUUCGGGACGGAGAUUGUUGGCAAAUUUCUGUCCAAGCACGAGUUUGAUCUGAUCUGCCGCGCCCACCAGGUGGUUGAGGACGGAUACGAGUUCUUCGCCAAGCGGCAGCUGGUCACUUUGUUCUCAGCGCCGAAUUACUGCGGCGAGUUUGACAACGCCGGCGCCCUAAUGUCGGUGGACGAGACGCUCAUGUGCUCGUUCCAGAUCUUGAAGCCGGCCGACAAGCGCAAGCUGUACUCCGGCCUGAACGUCGGCCGCCCCAACACGCCGCCGCGGGCUCAGCCUAAGAACAAGAAGAAGUGAGUAUUUAAUGGCACCGGCCGUCAUCGCAACGAAGUCGACGACUUGCAUGGAUUCCCACGCUAAUAUUUCUUUAUAAUAAAAAAAUAAUAAUAAUAAUAAGUAAGGCUUAAACGGUGGCUUUCGAAGUAUUGCGACGUGAGAAUGCCGGUUGUUUUUUUUUUUUUAUUAUCUGUACGUUCAGUAUGUACUUCCGCUGUCACUUCCAAAGCUGUCAAUCAAAAUCCUGUUAGAAAUGAACUAGUCUGUAUGAUUAUAUAUAAUUUUUUUUUAAAUUUUUUAUCAAAUUUUGUCACGUGCGCUCUCUGACACAUCAGUAGCUUUUACCGUUUUAAAGUACAUUCUGGCUCGCACGAUCAUCAAUUGCUGGACAAUUGUGUUCAGUAGACCACGGGCACGGUGGGCUCCAUAGCGAAAACCUUCGCCUGCAUCUUACUUAAUAAAUACUUCCGUCACUGUCAAAGUCGUUGGAUUGGAACGGGUAGUCAUGCGAACUGUUUUGUACCUUUUGAAUUUGGAAAGUUUUCACACCAAGCCUAGGCUGCCAGUGUAACAGGUUUAAUGUGGGGAGUCCAAGUAGGAGCGUUAUUUGUGAAUGAUUUGGUAUGUAUGCUACUGUGUACGUUUUGUUGUAUGUUUGUCCGUAUGCCCGCAUAUGCUUGUGUCGUACUCCAUAUUCAAGAAUAAUGUUAGCAAUUGUGAGGUUUUGGUGCAAUUUGAGAUUUUUGAAUACUGCCAUUUAGUAAAGGAUAGAUAUGUAGAUUUAGUCACAAAUUAAUGUCGUUUAAGAAAAAAAAUCUAUAUACCACAGACACAUCGCAAUAAAUAAUGAGCAAUAUUUUAUACAGGUGUAAAUUAGAUAAACACCACUUCCAUUAAAAUAUAGUACAAUCAUCAAGAGAGGAAUCUCGAGUGCACCAAAGUCGCACAUUAGAUUUGUAUUAAGGACAUUGAGAAAAUGUAAUAAUAUUAAAAGGUAAUUAAACAUUUAUAAGUAAUUAA